AUGGCUCCCACAAUCCUCAUCGUCGGCGCAACCGGCAACACCGGCCGAAGCGUCGUGGAAACGCUACCAAAGCUGCUCGAAUCCAGCAACACUUUAUCUGACCACCGGGUCAUUGCUCUCACCCGUUCUCUGGAUGGUCCAGUAGCGCGCGAAUUUACCAAAUUGCCCGGCGUGGAGGUGAUUGAGCAGAACUGGGUUGAAAUCACCGCUGACUGGCUGCGCGAGCACAACGUCACCAGAGCGUUCAUCGCACCACACAACAAUCCAAACCAAUUCGCAGAAGAAUCCACCUUCCAUCAAGCCGCCCUGAAAGCCGGCGUCAAGUACGUCGUGCGCAUCUCGACCACCGCCGCGAACGUCCGCCCGGACUGCGACGCCUACUAUCCCCGUUCCCACUGGGCCAUCGAGGCUCUUCUGGACUCGCCGCAAUUCAGCGCCUUGCAGUGGACCUCCCUUCAGCCCAACGUCUUCUCCCAAAUUUGGCUCUCCUCCGCUGCUGGGCUGAUCAAACAGUUCCGCAAUACCGGAAAGCAGGACACGUUGAAGUUAUUGGCCGCGGAAGAUGCUCCCACCGGAAUAAUUGAUCCCGCGGAUAUCGGCAUCUUUGCGGCUCAUCUCCUGGUCCAGGAUGAUACUGCUGCGCACAACAAGGCCAGAUACGUGCUGAACGGGCCGGAAGAUCUCACUGGGCUUCAAAUUGUGGAGUUGGUUGAGAAGCACAUCGGAACACGGGUCGAGGAUGUUAUUUUCAGGGACAUGUCGAUUAUCGAUCCGUACGUUGAAUUCCGGCUCGCUGGAACCAAGGAGUCCAAGAACGUGGUGUCCUCUAUCAGACACUCUGUGAAGCCGGCCUGGGAGGGACAGUGCUCGGCUUCUACUACUAGUAAGGAAGUACUGGAGCUUGCUGCGCCAAAGCGUACUCCUGCUGAGGUGUUGGAGGAUAUGUUGAAGGAGUAA